CUGCCUCUGCGAACGUGCAAGUGUCUCGCAGGCUCGCUUUCUGCCUGCUUCUUACUGUCGUGUUGUAGACCUCGUUGUCGCCGUUGUCGUCCGCAGCAGGAGCAACUCCGUAUUGUCGGUCUGUCGAGCUAUUCGUGUGUUUUCGCUAGAUUCCGCGGACCGAACAGUCCGCCUCUGCUGGUGCUGUUGAUGUGAUGGUGACUACUAGAGGUUAGGUACUGCUGUGGACUGUGUGCGGUUCGUUGUGCCUGCCUGCCUGCCUGCCUGCCUGUGUGGCUGUGAGUGUGUGCGUCGUGCUGCGUCCGGUAGUCGGGUGUCUGCCGUGGGCUGUGUGUAUCUACUGCAUAUAAUUGUAGUAGAUAGAUAAAUGUCUUUGUUGCGUGGCGUCGUGCAAGUGUGUUGUCGCUGAGCGCGAUUUAUUUCGCUAUACUAUCGCCGCCGCUGCUGCCGCCGUCGCUACCAGUCGCUUCAGCGACUACUACCAAUAUUUUACCAGACGUGGCGAAGGUAUUAUUUCAACGGCUGGUCUCGGUCACAAAUAGUAAGUAGCAGGCGACCCGUGCGUACGAUGUAUUCGUCAUUCGGCGAUAGCAGUGAAAUCAGCAGUGCGAGCCUUGUGGAGUAGUAAUAGGACAGAGGUGGAAACUCAUGCUUCCGAUGAUCUAAUCCGAACCGAGCUGCUUAAAAUCCGGCUAAAGUUCGCGCUAGAGAGCUAGUCGUGCUCGCGGAAAAUCUUAGUUUGAGAGUUAUCACAAGAAAAGGAGGAACAGAAAUUGAUUCUCGGGAGAUAGAUAAGUGUGCAUUAUACAAGAGAGAUCUGGGAUCGUACGGCCGGACGGCUGCCAGUAGAAGGUGGGCAGAACUGUGCAGCUGCCAGUAUCAUCAUCGAAACUGUGCGGCAGUGGUAGCUGGCUGUCUGUGUUUGUCAAAUUUCGUAUUCUUUCAAUACGUUUCCUCAAAAGAGUGUUACUUAGCGAUCCACAUUUGCCUGAUUAUCUACUGUCGCUACAAACAACGGGUUUGUGGUUAAAUCUCGCACACAGCCAUUUAUAGAUAGCAUCUCGGAGAGCUGGAUCUCCGCACCUGGAUACAAAUAUUCAAUGUGCAACUGUAACUUAUCGAAGAGCUCCGAACGCUCGUUCGCCGCGGGUGUUGAGGCUCGUGUUAGCGGAGCGUCGUCGUGCCCACCGCCCGGACAGCAUCUGGCUCCCUGCGGAAGUCCUUCUGGUGGAGCCCUCGUCCACCCAGUGGCGUUCCUCUCGUCUCGAGCCCCUAACGCCUGCCUCGUCUGCAUGGCAGUAGACAGUCUAGUGCACCUAUCAUUUGUUUACUACUGCCAUGCCCAGCACGCAACGCCGUAGGGCAUUAUUGCAGGUUGCCACUCAAUGCUGAAGCAGCUUGAAGCGGGCGCAUGAAAAGUUAACAGCAAAGGGGAAAACAGGCAGCAGACAAACGAGAGACUGAGGGAAGAAAAAAAUCAAAUAGCAACACAAGUCACGAGGCAAUUCUCAUAGAAGCAAGGAGACCUAUAGCGAAGAUAAUAGCAUACCUGUGAUCCCUGUAAUAGCUACACCUUCAGCUUUAACAGCUAUGCACACAUAGGCAAACUUCACGCUGCAAAAGACAGAAACAAAAGGACAUAGGAAAAAAAGCGAUAAACACCAUUAAAAAGUUAAUAUCCAACCGCGGACUUUUCUAUACACUCAAAUAUAUAUAUAUAUAUAUAUAUAUAUAUAUAUAUAUGCAGAAGCGGAACUAAUAUACCGUGCCAGCUAGCGUAUCUGUAGAUUUUUAACAUUCAGAUGCGGAGAGAGAUAACAGAAAAAGGUGGUGAACAAUUCGAGUCAUAGCGCAUACAAUUACAUCGAAAAGGAAAACGCAUAUUGGCGAAAAUACUAAAAAACACAGACAGAACAAUCUAACAAUCUGCAACACUUGAUAGGGAUCAGCUUCCACUGCUGCUAUUACUAUCUGGGCACAAAGAACUUACAACGUGGCAUUGAAACAAUGACAAGUCCACGUAGUGAAGUUAGCUAUCCGCAAUUGAAUUGACCCCACUAGUCCAAUCAAUCAAACAAGGGAAAAAGAGAACGUUCUUUUUUAGAAAUUGCUUCGUACAUGAGUGCCUGCACAACCUUGAGCCUCUACCGUCAUCUGCAUCAUAUCACAGUCAGCCAGUUGACAGUCUUGGUCAUCAGUCGUAGCAGGCAAAUACUUGAAUACGAUAGGGCAAAAGGCUGAAGAUUGAACGAGACAAAAUAAGAGGAACCCGUGAAGACAAACUUUAUUAAUAGCUUCUAACUUCGUACGUCACAUCUAAAAGACGACGCUUUAAGUACAAAAUAUACAAGAGAACGUCUCUGUCAACAUACCAUCCGAUUGUCUUUCUUGUCUCGUAGAAAUACGACAGGCUUAACGUGAGGUUGAGCGUGACCUUCGCAGUAAUCACCUUUUCCCGUAGCCUACGACGUGAAGGUCACGAUCGUAAGAACGCCAGGCUAUUGACGGAUCUCAACGGAUGUAUCAACGUGAAUUCAGAGUGCUGACAGGGUAAUCAUCGCUUGCCUUCGUAGUGAUCACGCCCCUGUUAAUUAGCUUUGACAAGUGAAGACUACGGGGAUUCUUCCAGAACAAAGUCACCUAUUUCUCCAGACGACUUGACUCAAACUGCCCUGUUGAGUGGAACACGUUGAGCAUAAAGAGACGGAUAACAAAAGCGAUCUCGUACCACUACUUGUGGGGCGUUCCCUAGUCAUCAACCGUUGUAAAAGCGAGCAAGCUAACCAAAACCUGUUUAUUAUUAGUAGCUCGCUCACAAGUUGGCCAGGACCUCGUUCUGUGUAGGGACUGGCAAAGUUCCGUUCACCUAAUUUGGUUCCCGUGCUGCUGUCACUGCUUCUGCUACCGUUGAAGUGAUCGCCGCUGCCGUCACUGUCCUUCGUCGGUACCCGUUACCUGUCAGUUCGUCUGGUCUUGCCUGUUUAGCAUUGGUUAUUUGUACGUGCGCUUGUUAGUCCAUUAGUCGCUAUUUGGUGUCGCACGGCAGCUCAGACGCCGGCGCCGUGGCUCCUCUCUUGUCGAUGACGGCUUCCGCUCCGUCGCCGCCUGCGCUUCCUGCCAUAACAACGGCACCUCCACAUAGUGUGCGCUCCCUUUCCAGCCCGCCCGUCCAGGAAUUGCACACCCCUUCGGUGAAGUGCGGUGUGCUAGUGUCUCCUGUAAGCGGCCCGGGUGGUGCAAUGCGUCAAAAGGGAAGUCUUUCCCUCGGCGGAAUGGGGAUCAUGGGUGGCCUGCAGAGGCCAGGACCGUCCGAAUUUGUCUACAAAGGCUACAACUUUCUAGUCACCGACCGGCCCACCGAUGCCACCCUGCCAUCCUACGUUGAGGAGCUGAAAAGGCGGCAAGUUACCGAUGUGGUCCGGGUGUGCGAGCCGACAUACCAAACCGAACUGCUAGAAAAGGAGGGCAUUAAAGUACACGAUCUACAGUUUGAAGAUGGCUCCCCACCGCCUGCAAGAAUCGUCGAGGAGUGGCUCGACCUCAUCCGUAAUCGCUUUAAAGAGAGACCCGACGCGUGCGUUGCUGUCCACUGCGUGGCGGGACUUGGCAGGGCGCCGGUUCUGGUGGCGCUAACACUAAUUGAACUUGGCAUGAAGUACGAGGACGCGGUGGAGUUCAUCCGGUCACGUCGUCGGGGUGCGUUCAACGCAAAGCAGCUAAGCUACCUCGAGAAGUAUCGCGCCAAAAGUCGACUCAAGCAGAGGGGUAACUCCGCCGGCAACGGACCGCAAGUCUGCUGCAUUCAGUAAGGCAUAGUCCUAAGUAAACUAUUCCGACGCCGACAACAACAGCAACACUAUAGCUUUCAUUGAGCUCACGAUAACCUGAUUAAUCCCACAGAACUGUAGUCCCAACAACACCGUGUUUCAUGACCGAUACAGACGGCAAAACACCACAGAUUCAUGUACACAUUUACAGUAAAGAUGGGAUAUGACGCUCUCGUUAAAUUAUCAGAACCCGAAACAAGUCGCUGAAAACUUCACUCACUAGCAGCAAUAGUAACAACAGCUCCAUUCAAUGUGAGUCGACGAUCUAAGCUUAGCAAUCAUUAGCUACGUGCAGCACACAUGCACGAAAAUUAUACAUUGAUUGCACGUCGAUGCCAAGCCCAUGCUAAAGCCACGUUUCAAGAGCGGCCUCUCGCCUUAUAUUCAAUGCUGUGGCACCUCUCUGAAAAGGUGUUGUCUGUCGGAUGCCGCCGGAAUAAGAAUGCAGAGGGCAAACGCGCAAGUCAGUCGCCGUCGGAGUAUACCCAGCGAUCUGUGAUCCACAAAAAACCGGCAAAUACAUACAUUUUGCCGCCUCUUGUCGUGGUGGUAGUUUUUGCCAAUUUUAAGACGAGGAAGUGAAAGUCUACGAUGGUUGCUACGAUCAUUAAUAUUGACAGUACGCGAUAUAGUCACCGUAACUAGAACUCUUAUCGUAACGAUAAGAACUUUUUCCAUUACAACUGCUGCUGUUUCAGCAGCGAUUAUUUACAACUGCGGUGGUCAAAGGAACACGUACAAAAAGCAGUGUCAUUCAGCGUCCGGCUCGAACCUAAUGCGCUCGUUCACACUAAACGUUGCGACCUUGGCAUGUGAUGACUUGAGCCUACGCCCUGCCAGGCUCUCGUUAAUUUACUAGAUGUGAAUGAGGAAAAAGAUGGCAGCACAGUCUCUAGAUGAAGUCGAUGUGGCUUGUUGGAAGACCCAUAGAGCAGCUUUGCCUAGACUGGGAGGAAAGGAUGCCGAGGUCAGGGUGACCAGGCGCAAUCAAGUAUGUGGAUGUUUUUAAUGUCAAGAUAAAUUGUGAAAUACAGUAAUGAAAUGACCGAAACAAACCCAAAAUAUGUAAACAAUGAACGAAUUUAGUAAGCAGACAAACUAGCAAUGAAAGAAAAUUUAAGCCUACAACUUCCGGCUUUGUUUGCCAAUCUUUGAGGCCGUACAGUUUGUUAACACUGACUCCUUAGUAACGAGCAGCAAACAAUGACCCAAAAAAAAAUACGAAUUCAAUAAUUCUAAACCAAGAUGAUGAACGUGAUAAAAAUUAUGAUUAAUAAUAAUAAUAAGUUAUGAAAAGUGACGAUAUUCAAAAACCCGGUCGAUUUGAUGUAUCUGAAAAACUAGGGUUAAAAGGUUAAUGGACGAGUUUUCUAGGAAGAACGAUAAAAAAUGAUGAUGCAAUAGUAAUGAGAAGAACUUUAUUUAGUUGACCGAUCUUUAGGUUAUGCUAUGGUAAAUGCGUAGCAACGUGAAAGUUAGUAUAAUGACGCGCUACAAAACGCAUAGGAUGGAGAGAUAGAUGUGCUUGAUUGAAGCGAAAUGGUUAAGAAAGGAUGGCUCCGUAUCAGUCUUUACUGCGAAGUCACCAAUGCAUCCGCCUUUCCUAGCUGAAGCUAAGACGAAAAUUGUGUGCUUGCUGGCUGUAUCAUGUGACGGUUAUUUUAGUUUAUAAUCCGUUAGUAGGUAGCCUAUUGUGCCACUCACUCUUAAGCGAUUAUUAAUAAUCAGUUUUUAACCAGUCAAUUUAUCAAUUAUUUAGGCAGUUGGAAAUAAAUUGAUAUCAUCAUCAUCUAGUUCGCCGGCAGAUGGCGUUGUUUAGAAUAGUGGCGGUUGCUCUUGCAACUUUUGGAUGAUGGCACAUUGAGUGUUACAUGCAAUGCGUGUCCCCAGGAAAUGGUAGUCGUAACGACAUAAGACAACGAAGAUGGCGACAACAACGAUACCCGCUGAAUGUACACACCUGGCCCGAGGGAGCGAGAUUUCUUUCUGUAUUAUGUUCAGAGGAAGAAGUGGCUCAACAGCUAUUUACUUCCUCGUCUGUAUAGAGAACUUCUUGUUUUAUAAGUGUGCUCGUGAGUUCAUUAAUGAAAAAAUUUGCGACGGCGGUAAAAACACCGUUAGCUACAAAAACACGCUUUUUUUGUUGGGACGAACUACUGGACUAAUGGCUAGACCAGGCUCUCGUUAAAAAUGCUAGGCUGAUAAAAACGAUGCUUGUUAUAGAUUUUUUUCUUUUUUUUUUUCUAAUUUUAGUCACAAAUAUA